AGUUAGACGACGUCCGAUGACCGGAGGAAAACGAAGGGAAUAUCCAUGCGGCGGGCUGGUCGGUGAGUGCUGGAAGACAAGUGGACUGUCAUGGACAGGACGGCUGUGGUGAAGGUCGGAGCUGCGGCCAGCGCCAGCGUCUGUGUUUUGGUCGGCGGCCUAGUACUGACCCAAUACAUCGUCGCCAAAAAAAAGCGAGCUGGGAAGAAAACCAAGAUCAUAGAGAUGAUGCCUCAGUUUGAGAAACCAACGGUCCACAUGAGGGAUCCUGAGAGGGUGGAGCAGAUCAUCUGUGGCCUCAUCAAAGGAGGAGCUAACAAACUGCAGAUCAUCACAGACUUUGACAUGACAAUAAGCAAAUUUGCCAUCAAUGGCAAACGCUGCCCGACUUGUCACAACAUCAUCGAUAACUGCAAACUGGUAUCAGAGGAGUGCAAGCAGAAGCUGCUGCAGCUGAAGCAUAAAUAUUAUCCCAUCGAGAUAGACCCUCACCUUACUAUGGAAGAGAAAUUCCCUUUUAUGGUGGAAUGGUAUUUUAAGUCCCACUCGCUACUCGUGGAGCAGCGCCUUGAGAAAGACAAACUGCCGGAGGUGGUGAGGGAGUCUGAUGUUGCACUCAGAGAGGGUUACGAGCAGUUCUUUGAUCGCCUGCAUCAGCACAACGUGCCCGUCUUCAUUUUCUCUGCUGGUCUUGGAGACGUCCUCGAGGAAAUCAUCCGUCAGUCCGGAGUUUACCACCCCAACGUUAAGGUUGUUUCCAACUUCAUGGACUUUGAUGACAAAGGCAUCCUGAGGGGAUUCAAAGGUGACCUGAUCCAUGUGUACAACAAACAUGACGGUGCCCUGCGUAACACCGAGUACUUCAAACAGCUGAGGGAUAACGGCAACGUCAUUCUGCUGGGAGACUCAAUGGGAGACCUCAGCAUGGCCGACGGUGUCCCUAAUGUGGAGAACAUCCUCAAGAUCGGCUUUCUCAACGACAAG